AUGAUCGACGCAAGCGAGUUCCGUGCGAGUUUGGGAGACGGUUACCACCACCACCCGAGCGGGAGAAUGUCCCCCGGAGGAAGUUUUACGUCGAACGCCUCCAGUUAUGCCACCCUAACGCCCUUACAGCCGCUACCGCCCAUUUCAACCAUGUCGGAUAAAUUUUCGCACUACGGACACCCGCAUCCGAAUGCGGGGUUCUCGUCGCUGAUGCCCGGCAUGGGAAUGGGAGGCUAUCCUAGCUAUGAUAAACUGGGCUCAAUGGGCGGCAUGAACAUGAGUCCUCCAGGGGGGCAGGCCCCCAUGUUGGCCAACGCCGCGAUUCCCUCACCGCCCUAUUCACAGAACGGUUCCGGUGCAGGUGGUCUCGUGUCGAGCUACGACUCGUAUACGCACGCCACACGUGAACUGUCACGACUCGGUUCGCCCCAGUCUCCCGGUUCGUCGGUUGCACUGCACUCGCCCACCACCAUGAUCGGUGGUCUCAACGGACUCGCGAACACGCCUCCCGCAGCUCAUCUGGCGGCUCCCGCAACGCCUCCCCAACAGGACGUCAAACCGUUCACGGCCGUAAGCAUUUCGACCAGCAGCGCAACGCCUACGACGUCGUCGUCGUCUUCGGCCGACGAAGUCGAGGAGAUCAACACGAAGGAGCUUGCUCAAAGAAUCAGCGCCGAACUGAAACGCUACAGCAUACCGCAGGCCAUUUUCGCGCAGAGGGUUCUCUGCCGAUCGCAGGGGACGCUCUCGGAUCUGCUCAGAAAUCCUAAACCGUGGAGCAAACUCAAGUCUGGUCGCGAAACGUUCCGGAGAAUGUACAAAUGGCUCGAAGAACCCGAGUUUCAACGGAUGUCAGCUCUCAGACUCGCAGUGAAAAUGAAUGCACAGAACCCCAAGUUGGAGUCUUCAGGACGAGGCUCAGGAGGUUCCACUGCGACAGCAACGCCAGUCUAUAAUCCGCAUACAAGUACGUACUUAAGCGAUGUCCACCUAGGUUUCAAUUCGCUCCCGUUGGAACGGGUCGGAAGUUGCGCCGAGUUAAAAUCUUGUGGCUCGUACCACCCGUUGGGAGCCGCAGCGGCUGCCGCCCAGAGUCAACGAAUUCGGCGUCCCUUCUUUCCUCACGUGCAAACGGAAAGAGGACAAUCAGUCGCUAUUUUUAAGGAGACUAAGCGGCCCUCGAAGGAAAUGCAGAUCGCCAUCUCGCAGCAGCUUGGGCUUGAACUCAGCACCGUGGGUAACUUCUUCAUGAACGCCAGACGCCGCUCGCAGGACAAGUGGUUGGACGACUCGGAGCAGCAACUGAAGAGGGAUAGACAGACGCAGGAUCAACAAAGCCAGCAAGGGGAUCACGACGGAAGUCUCGGCCUGGAGGACGAGCUCAUGCAUGGUCGACAUGCGAUGAGUCACGGAAUGCCGCAACAUCAUUUGCGGCACAACAUCAACCAGUGGUCUCCUUGGUAG